CUCCUUGCCUCCGCCCCCGUCCGGGUCACGUGACAGUGGCCGGCGGGCGCCUGCGCGUUAACGACGCCCGCCCCUCUUCGCAAACUCUCCCUCGGUCCCCCUCCCUUUUUCCUUCACCCCCGGCCGGGACGGCGGCGGUAAGAUGGCGGCCGCGACGGUGGCCGCGAGGGCUCCGUCUCCGCGCGAAGGUGGCUCGGGCUCCUCUGGGCGCCCGACCGGGCGGCAGGAAAGAUUCUGAGGCGGCGAAGGAGGCGGCGAAGGAGGCGGCCAGCUGCGACGUGGAAUGGUGCCAUGGCAAACUCCUCUGACAGUGAGGAUGACAGUUUCAUGGCCGUGGACCCCGAGGAAGCGGGCGCAGAAGGGACCAUGGAGCAGGGCGAGGCGGAGGAGGCGCAGGAGGGAAUGGCCCGGCCCCGCCGGUCGAUGCAGGAGCUCCCGGAAGAAGUGCUCGAGUACAUCUUGUCCUUCCUCUCACCAUAUCAGGAGCACAAAACGGCCGCCCUUGUUUCCAAACAGUGGUAUCGACUCAUCAAAGGCGUGGCCCAUCAGUGUUACCACGGCUUCAUCAAGGCGGUUCAAGAAGGGAACAUCCAGUGGGAGAGCCGCACGUAUCCCUACCCCGGCACCCCCAUCACCCAGCGUUUUUCGCACAGUGCGUGUUACUACGAUGCCAACCAGUCUAUGUACGUGUUUGGCGGCUGCACCCAGAGCAGCUGCAAUGCUGCUUUCAACGACCUCUGGCGGCUCGACCUGAACAGCAAAGAGUGGAUCCGGCCCCUGGCCUCAGGCUCUUACCCUUCGCCAAAGGCUGGGGCCACUCUGGUGGUGUACAAAGACUUGCUGGUACUCUUCGGCGGCUGGACGCGCCCUAGUCCUUACCCCCUGCACCAGCCGGAGAGGUUCUUUGACGAAAUACAUACCUAUUCGCCCUCCAAAAAUUGGUGGAACUGUGUGGUGACAACCCACGGCCCUCCUCCGAUGGCCGGCCACUCCUCCUGUGUCAUACAGGACAAGAUGAUUGUCUUUGGGGGUUCCCUCGGAUCUCGGCAAAUGAGCAACGACAUCUGGCUGCUGGACCUGGAGCACUGGGUCUGGUCCAAGCCGGCCGUCUCUGGGCCCAGCCCUCAUCCCCGAGGCGGCCAGUCGCAGAUUGUCAUAGAUGACGAAACCAUCCUGGUCCUCGGGGGCUGCGGGGGCCCAAAUGCGCUGUUCAAGGAUGCCUGGCUGCUGUACAUGGGCCCUGAGCCGUGGACCUGGCAGCCCCUGAAGGUGGAGAAUGAAGAGCAAGGGGCCCCUGAGCUGUGGUGCCACCCGGCUUGCAGGGUGGGCCAGUGCGUGGUGGUCUUCAGCCAAGCCUCCAGCGGGAGAGCCCCCCUCAGCCCCAGCUUGAACUCUCGUCCCUCUCCCAUCAGUGCCACACCACCAGCCCUAGUCCCAGAGACACGGGAAUAUCGCUCCCAGUCUCCGGUUCGGACCGCCGACGAGGCGCCGUGUGUGAACGGCCGCUGGGGCACCCUGAGGCCCCGGGCGCAGAGGCAGACGCCUUCGGGGUCUCGAGAAGGGAGCCUCUCCCCGGCCAGAGAGGAUGGAUCCCCUGUGCUGAACGGCAGCGGCGGCUUGUCGCCUGGCCCCACGGCUGGGGGGGGAGCCUCUCUUGACAGCCCCCUGCCCGCCGCUUCUCCGAGCACGCCGUCUGCUGCCGAAGGAUUCGACCUGAAGGUUGGCAUUUCACUGGCCCCCAGGCGAGGCUCUCUCCCGGAUCAGAAAGACCUGCGGCUAGCAGCUGUUGAUUUGAGUUGGGAGCCAAAAUCUCCCCCUGCCCCAGCCUGUCAGCUGGAUGCCUCUGUGGAGAGCAGGACAGCGGGCCUCAGGAACGCUCCGGAGCAGACAAACGGCGCUCACAGCCCGCCUCACAUGGCCAGUCCCUUGGUGGGGGCCGUCUCUCCUGGGGCCUUGCGGCGGAGCCUGGAGGCGGCGAAAGCCCUCUCUGCCAAGGGGCCCUCUGCGCUGGCCAGCCUCAGCCCUCCCUUGCUCUCUUCGCCAGGAUCCCCGGGCAGCCAGAGCGGCGCCAACAGUGCGGUGGCGGCAGCGGUGGCAGCAGCACCCACCGCCCCUCGGCCCGUCUCUGCCCAAGGAGAUGGGCACGCCUUACCGCCCAUUGCCCGCCGGCUUGGCCAUCACCCACCUCAGUCGCUGAAUGUCGGCAAGCCCUUGUACCAGAGCGUGAACUGCAAGCCCAUGCAGAUGUACGUGCUGGAUGUGAAGGGGGCCAAGGAGCAGGGGCGGGUCCAGUGGAAAGUGUUCACCAGCAGCUCUGUGGUGGGGCCCCCCGAGACCAGCCUGCACACCGUGGUGCAAGGCCGUGGGGAGGUCAUCAUCUUCGGUGGCCUGAUGGACAAGAAGCAGAAUGUCAAGUACUAUCCCAAAACCAACGCCUUGUACUUUGUCCGAGCAAAGAGAUAGCAUGGCCGCGGGAGCCUCCCUCCCACCUCCUUGGCUCCCAGUGACCGCAGAAGACCCUCCUCAGCGCUCUCUGCUAAGCGGCUGUGAACGUGGGCAUGCGCCCGCCAAUAAAGAGAUCUAAGCAAACGGCA